ACAACCCUCGUAGUGACUCAACCCCCGGACGCUGCAAUGGUGGCGCUGCGUAGGUACAACAAUCACGUAUUUGUUGUUUACGCUCUUAUGCCAAACUAUCUACGAAAGCGUUCACCAGAUAUCUGUAUCAUACGUCGAAGAGCACCUAAGGAUUGAUUAUAUUUAUCAGGUUUUUGACAUUUGCAUGGUCACGAUAAAAUUAAAUUUAAGCUUUCCAAAAGUAAACAGUAAACAUGAACGCACCACCGACGUUUGAAUCAUUUUUAUUGUAUGACGGAGAAAAAAAAAUCGUCCAAGAAUUGGACACAAAAGUUGUGAAUGCAGCAAUAUUCACUAUAAACAAAGAAGAUCACACAUUGGGAAAUAUGAUCAGGAACCAAUUACUUAAAGACCCCAAUGUACUAUUUGCCGGAUACAAACUACCCCAUCCUUUGGAACAUAAAUUUGAACUUCGUAUACAAACAAGCUGUCCUGAGUAUACACCACAAGAUGCUUUAACCAACUCGUUAACUGAUCUUUUGGCUGAGCUUUCUUUGUUCGAAGAACGUUUCAAGGAUGCUCUAAAGCAGAAAAAAGACGAAGGUUUCGAUUAGAGAUCAAUACUGACGUUUACAAUGUUCAAUAAAAACAUUUUUACAAAAUUAUUAAAUGAUCUAUUGCUAAUA